CAAAUUAAUAUUAAAUGUAUACUCUAGACACAACAAACAUGUAUAACAAUCAACAGAGCGCUGGGCAAACUUAUGAAAAUGUGCAUUAUAACGCGUUUUAUCCAAUUAUGCAACAACAACAACAACAACACUUUGCGUACAAUGCAAGUUACAGUGGGAAUAUGUAUUACAAUGUUUAUCAAAGCCAUGUAACAUGUGAUAACAGUACUUUUAAUAACGCGACGUUAAAUGAUAGAAUAAGAGGCCGCGAAAAGGAUGAGAAGGCCAUUGAACAUUUUCUUCAGGAUGCGGAAGUACAAAUUUCUGCGAACGAGACGAGCAAGAAGCGGAAAGAUUCGUGCAAAAUCGCGGAUGUCAGGAGCGCUCUGAUAUCCGUGGUUAAGUUAAAUAAACAACUCGAGACUGUUUGCACGGAACUCAAAGGCGACGUUGAAGAUUUGCCGGAAGAGCAGUGGCAGGAGAAGGUCAGCGCCUGCAACGCCGCGAAGAUCGAAAUCUGCGAGAUAUUGAAAUCUCUAAAAGAGGGAAACCAAUUGGAUGCGAUUAAACGCGAUUUAGAGAAACGUAAGAAGAAGCGCACGAGGCAACGGCUCGGAAGGGAAAAGUGGGAGAAGGAAAAGUCGAUGAGGGAAGAGAGAAUAGCGAGAUUGCACGCGGAAGCUGAUUCGUGGAUACGACAAGAACAAGCGGUGAUCGAACGGGAAAAACAAGAGGAAAAACUGCGCAAGGACGCAGACAUGGUUUUGUCCGACGUUCGUGGUAAGAGAAACGACGCGCGGAAGUAUCUGGGGAUUUUGCAGGAGUUACAGAACUUACGAAAGGUCAAGGCGAAUGUCGCUCGAGCGAGAGGCGAGAAUGUGUCCUCGGCAGCUGAAGAAGUCUUCAACAAGACUAUCGCCAAAUUAACGGAACAGUGGACAGCUUUGGAUCGCGAGGUUGCUAAGGAAGAACAGGAGCUGAAACAGAUGUUGAAGCGAGAUAAUGAAAAAAGAGUUGAAAAGCAGACGCAAACUGUGUUACGCGAAUGGGAGAAUACGUUGUUCGGGACGAACAUAUUGCCCGUUGAGCAAUCUAACAAAGAUUCCAACAGUUUGAUCACGAUUCGCACGGCCUGGGACAAGUUUAUAAGUUCUGAAACCAAUGCAACAACGAUUCCGAUUGGAUGGAUAGUGCCUGAAAAACCAUCUUCUGAUGUUUGGCAAAAGUGUUUCAACAAGGAGAUCUUUUCAGAUCGAAGCUAAUGAUGUGUCGAUAUGAUUAAUACACACACGUACAUAUAAAUAAAUAAAUAAAUAUAUAUAUAUAUAUAUAUAAAAC